AUGAAUCAUCAGGCCUAUACUGGUCUGCAGCAGCCCACACCGGCCCCAGAUAAUGAUGUGAUCAUGCGCCCGCCAUCAUCCACCACCUUGGGACCAGACGCGCGAGCUGAAGCUCAUUCCUCGCGGCAGGCGGUUACAACAUCGGACAACCACCACGCUGCCGGGAGACACCCGGCCCUGUUCCAGAAGACCAAGAUAUACCAAUUCGGGGAAUCCUCCUCCCUCUCCGCUACCUCCACGUCGCCCCGACUCAGGCGGCGGGCAUCGCAGGGCUCCCUCCGGUCCGGCCCGUCCGCCGUCUCUCGCUUUCUUGCUAAAGGAAGCCUUCCGCUGCAGCUGCCCCCCUUUGAUAGUUUGGGGAUCACCAGUCGACCGUCGCUCAGGGUGAAUGCGUCGGCUCCAUUGUGCGCCUCGUUCCACGGUUCCUCUUCUGGUCACAGACCCAUUGCCUCAGAGGACGAUUACUCCUCGAGCUUACCGUUGACUCCGCCGGCGGAUGAUGACGAUAACGUGGGCUGGAAUCCACGUGCUGAUAUCCCCAUGCUUGAUGUACACCUGAACCGAGAGCCAAAGCCUAUGGCUCACAUGCACGACAGUCGGGACCGCAAGAGUAGUUCGAGUUCGGAUGGCAUGGACAGUUCCUGUGGCUCAUCGGACCGUCACUCGAUCGGGAACCCAAAUGAGAUGAAUCUGAGCCCAACAGACGAUAAAAUGCAGGACCAUGAGAACAGUGAUAGCUGGCUGCAGAAUGGUAUCGAUGCUGCAAUCUCGUCCUUGCCCGUCUCGAAUAUCCUAGGGGAGGCCGUGAAGAUCGUAUCUCAAACUCUUCCAUACCCGCGAGCAGCAGACAAGUCUGUCGCCCUACCAACGCGGGAUUCCGUAUUCUGUUCCGUGGUCCAGGCCAUCCAAAACCGGUUACGACCGGGACAGUCACCCUAUAUCAACAUCACCCAUGCCGUACCAGAGCAGUUCAGUUUAUCGAAUCUGCCCAGUUCGCCACCAAGUACUCCCAGCAUGGCCUUUGGCGGCGAUGAUUACUUCCAGUCUACCGUUUUCUCCAGUGCCACGCCCGUCCCCGCCUACCACGACUUCAGAGGCCCUCUUCAAUCAUCACGGACCUCCUACCCCAUCGUUCCCCCACAUAGUGUCCAUCUUGCGAUCGUAGAGCGAUAUCUACCGCCCUCAUCGAUCCAAGAGUACAAGGACUUCUUCUGUCCCGAUCGCCCUUCUGUUCUGGUCGAUCGAUUGAAGGAACUGUCGCCCUGCGGAGGCAGUCUCCUGCUCAUAUACCCAACGAAGAAAGGUGCCCAGUCGUUCAAGACGCAGUAUCUCGGGCCGAUCCUGGAUCCGCUGCUGCGCCAGAUGGUGGUCGUCAACGAGCUGUCUGCGGACGUGGGGCGAUACCUGGGUAAAUUCGGGUCUCCUGCCCAGAUGGAUGAUUUCGAGUCGAUGAAGAGCAACAUCAACUUGCUGUGUCAGUCGAUAAGCAACCCCUCGUCCAAAUACACGCUGGUCGAUGCGGAGCGGGGGACGGCGCACCUCGAUCGCAAUUUGUGGGCGGAGUGGUACAUCCAGCAAGAACGGGCGCGGAUGAAGGAAGUGCUGAAUAUCUAUUGGCGGAAUGGACAGCGACUCCCCGUCAACAAGGCAUUAUCCGCGUCGAACCGCACCCUGGCCGAUAAGGAGGUUACGUCGGCCAUGCUGCUCGGCGAGAUCUUCGAUGGCAUCAAGAGACGGCCAUACGGAGAUGGCGGACCCCGCGAUGGUGUCGAAUUGGGCGUCUUUGUCAUUCGACGGUCGCGCUAA